UAUAAGAUGAGCUGCCAUCCCGUCCUGCUUCUCCCGUUUUUCUUUCUUCCCAUCCGCUCCAGAUCUCCUCCUCGUGCUCCUUACAGUCACUCUCUAAGACCUAAUAUUCCUUUCGCUCAUCAAGGCUUCACUCGCUCGCAGCCUUCCUGAACAUUCCACUCUUUUUUAUCUCCUGAAUAUAAUCAGUCUUAAUACUUCCGACUAGUCAAGAUGCGCUCCGCUCUCUUCGCCGUCGCCGCCCUGGCCAUUGGUGCCAACGCCCAGACCGGUACCGUUCAGUCCACCACUGGUGCUGUCCUCCUUGCCACUGGCGUCACCCCGACCGCCAGCACCAUGGUCACGGUCCAGACCCCCGGCCCCAGCGGCAGCAUUGAGGAGGAGGACUGCGACGAGGAAGACGAGAUGACCUCUUCCACCGCUUCCACCACCCGCUACACCACCUCGACCAUCAAGGUUACCAAGAUGAUGACCGUCACCAGCUGCGCCCCCACCGUGACCAACUGCCCCAACAGGCCCCAUGUCACCAGCGUUGUCGUCAUCGAGACCACCGUGUGCCCCGUCGUCGAGGCUGUCACCACUCGCCCGGUCAAGCACAACACCGUGCCGCCCUACCCCACUGGCCCGGCCUCCAUCCCGGUCGGCCCUACCGGCACCGGCGUUGUUGUCAAGCCCCCUGUUCCCACCUCUGCCGUUGUCCAGCCGCCCAAGCCCAACGUCCCGGGUCCUGUUCCGUCGGGCCCCGCUCAGCCUCCCGCCGCUGGCACUGGCAAGCCUCCUGUUCCCGUCACCACGCCUCAGCCUACCCCCCCUGUCACUGCCGGCGCCGGCAAGACCGUCCUCGGCUUCGGUGCCGUCGUCGCUGCCGUUGUUGCUUUCCUGUAAAGUAGCAUUGUUACCUGGGUGGUAGCAAACGCUCUAAUGCAUGGACGGCUGUGAUUGCGGUGGGUUUUUUUUCAAUGGAGUUUUCAGGUUAGCCUAGCAUGCAGAGUGGCUUUGCCUCCACGCAACAAUCUGAACAACUUGAUACCCCAGUCAGCUCUCUUGGCUUGUAUUUUUGCUUCUUAUCGACAAUCGGUGGGCAUGCUCCCGUUAGUCGGGUCCGGAUUGCGCUUGGUGGUUACAUCUUUGUUAAUAACGACGAACAACGCCCACGAUAGACCUUCUUAAUUGACGCGCGUCUUCUAAACUUUGACCUUUUUCUUGAAUUUUGCUCCCUUAUGCC